UAUUCAUAGCGGCAGAGUUGAUUAUUCUAUAUAUCUCGAUAUAAGCGGAGCGGAAGCUUGGCUCAUCGCAGUCGAAAUCAGCACGCGGCGCGCCCGCCGUCUCCUCGUGCUAGGCGGGAGCGAGCACUCGUAUAUACGCAGGGGGAAAAUGCGCGCUGUGUAUGUGGUGAUAGCAUUCGCGGCCACGCUAGCCUGGGGGCUGGACGCCACCACGGCAGGGCUCGUCGUCGAACACACCGCCGCACUAGACAUGCCCGACCACUUGGACGACACCGAACUGUUAGCGGCAUUUGUGAUAUUUCGACAUGGUGACCGCACGCCGGAUCAGGAAGAAUUAGACCUGCUUACAAAGGGAGAAAAUCAUAAAGAUGUAUUCUUUCCUUACGGAAUGAAGGCACUCACAAAUAAAGGGAAGCAGUGCGGAUACCGGAUCGGGCAAUACUUAAGGGAUAGAUACGAUGGCUUCAUAUCGCGGCUGUACCUCCCCGAUGAAGUAGUGGUCAGAACCACAGACUACGACCGGACCAAAAUGACGGCGCUGACAGCUCUAGCCGCCAUGUACCCACCGAUGCCUGCUCAAAAAUGGAACAUAAACUUGGACUGGCAGCCAGUGCCAUAUAAUACCCUAGAUGCUAACGUUGAUGAUUUGUUAUACUGGUAUAAUUCUAUCUAUCUCAAGAAAAGGGCUCAAGUGUAUGAAGAGACGCCUAAAAUCCAAGCAUGGGUGAGACCCUACGAAAAAGUCUUUUCUUAUCUAUCCGAGAAGACUGGAAGCAACAUCACAAGUUGUCUAGAUACAUUUAAUUUAGAUAACCUUUUCCAAACACUGGACAAUGUUGGAAUCAAACCACCAAAAUGGGCACAGGUUGUGAUGCCACAGAUUCAACAGCUAACUAAAAUUGAAUACGCCGUGGAGUAUUACAAUACAGAACUGAAGAAGAUAGCAGCAGGAGUACUGAUGCAGGAGAUAAUGGACGCGAUGAACGCUGCAAUCAGAGGCUACGAGGACCAGCCAAAGCUGCGUCUGUACUCGGCACACGAGAACAACGUGGCCGCCCUGAUGGCAGCCACUAGGGUGUUCGUGCCUCAUCAGCCUAGUUACGGCUCCACCUUCUCAUUAGAGCUCAGGAGGAGGAACACCACAGGGGAAUUUGUUGUUGCGGCCCCAUAUGCAAAAGAUGCCGGCGGGCCCGCCGAACUGCUCCCUGUGCAAGGGUGCGGUGGCAAUCUUCUAUGCGACUACGACACCUUCUCAUCAUUAGUGGCCGACACUCUGAUGUCUCAUGACGAAUUUAAGAAACAGUACUGUACAGCUGUCUGUCCAGUACCCGAUGCCCGUAUUCCGAGGAACACCGCUUCGAGUUUUGUGCACUUCAAAGUGGUGUUGUCGUAUGUGUUUGUGUACUUAAAUGACAAGUUAAAAUCAGAAUAUGCAACGCGGAUUAGCGGAAGGCGGUCGGAUUUAGGCUCAAUAUGUAGACGUGCUGACCAACGGAAAAUGAAAGAGGGCCGCGAGAAUGAGUCUACAGAACCGGCGGAGACGGCGACAGCAUUGCCGAUGGUGGCGGGCGGCCGCAUCGAGCAUGUUUGCUGCUGCAUCGGCGUAUUGGUUGGCGUGUUGCUCAUCGCCACCCUCGUAGCUGUAAUAUUAAUGAAAGAUAGCACUGUUGAUGUCACAGCACUGCGCCAAGUCCAUGUGUUAAUGUCGCAUGGAGAACGCACUCCGAGCGAGAAGGAACUGGCCAUGCUCGGGGCUCCGCCACCGGACCAUGUAUUUUCACCGUACGGCGCCGGCGCUAUGACGAAUGAAGGCAAAAUGCUAACCUUCGAAAUGGGCGCAUUACUUAGGAAGAGAUACAACCAAUUCUUGGGGCCUUAUUACGAAGCUGAUAAAAGCAUCGUCAUAGCAUCUGACACGGACCUGAGCAAGAUGACGGCUCUGCUAAUAGCGGCAGGACUAUGGCCGCCCCAGGAGCCACAGAUCUGGAAUGAAACACUAGUAUGGCAACCAGUGCCAUACACUUACCCGCAUCCGAGUAACGACUUUUUGUUAUACCACGAGAACUGCCCUCGCUACAACCAAGAGAAGCAGCGAAUACUAAAGGCAUUCAUCAACGAAGGUUUCCUAACUCCCUACCGGGACCUUUUCGUCAGGAUAGCGCAUCUCACAUCAACCAACUUCAGCACACCGCAAGAUGCCUACUAUUUGAAUAAUUUGUUCAUUAUACAGGAUGAUAUCAAAGUGGCGAACCCGAAGUGGGCUAAGUAUGUCAAGAGAAGGCUGAUGGACAUCGCCAGGUUGGAGUACUCCAUGAUGUUCCACAAUAAUUUACUGCGGAAACUCAGUGGUGGUGCCCUUUUACAACAGAUAAUAAAGGAAGCAGCAUCAAUUACAACGGGUGCGCCCACGCCGCGCGUGAUCGUGCGAACGGGCACGCCCGUGACGGUGGCAGCUUUGCUUGCCGCGUGUGUGGCGCCCCCGCCGCGUCUACCCGACCCGGGGGCGGCAUUGCUGUUCGAGCUACACGAAAGAAUGCCUUCUGCGCAAGGGAAGAAGGAUCAGAAUGCUUUGACUGACGAACAGAGGUUCGGUUUUAAGAUAUAUUAUUGGGAUGACGACUCAGCAGAGCCGCGACUCAUGGAAGUACCAGGCUGUAACACACUAUGUCCAUUGGAAACUUUCAUAGAACUAUCCAAACAUAUAAUUACGCAAGAGUACAAGAAAGAUUGCACGCUGGUUUCCGAACAGGCUGCCAAUAUGUGAUAAAUAUUUCGUUAACUUUUCUUUCAACUAUCAUUGAGUAACUGGCAAAAAAUUAAAAAUAUGAAAGAAUUGUGAAUCGAUAUAUGAAUUCAAGUUUGCACAACUUAAGAAAAAGUACAUGGCCGUUUUUAAAAAAAUAUGUGUGGUCUCUUUUAUUGAUGAUUACUGGACUAUGAAAGUGCAUAAAGUAUUGUUGCGCAGUUAAUUAUACUGUAUUGCACGUGCCCUAAAGCACGCGUAAUUUUAGUUAUUAUAAUUUUAAUAACGAAAGGACUAAGGCUGUGCCUAUUUUAAAUAAGUCUCAAUGGACAAAGAAAUAAAGUGUCAUUGCAGUAA